AGAAUAUGUAAUAAGGGAUAAUUCAUGAAUGAUGGCGGAUUGGGUUGAAUUUUUCGCUCGAGAAACACCUCCGGGAAACUUGAAAGAAGUUAGAACUACUGUCGGCGAAUUUGCAGCAACACAAAGGGCAGCUGGAAGGGAUGUAGUCUUUGUGACGGUGAGUGGUUAAUCCAUUGACUUGAAGAAUUUGCCGAACGAAACCAGACUGUCCGGAAAUCUAUGCACAUAACACUCCCUAAUGUCGCACUAUUACGUUUAAAACAUGCAAGGACGCAGUAUAUAUUAUGAGUAAAAUCAGGUCGAGUGCCAGUAUGAAUCAUAAAAAUGGUACUCGUGGUUUUGGCACGCUGGAAUUGUUAUUUAAAGACAAUCUUUGUCGACACGAGUUCGACAUAAGCUUACAUUCUUUAAGUUUAAUAACCGUUCAUGGCGUUAGUUGAUUCACAGAUUAAUAGUUUUAUGCCACUUAGGCAAGAAUUGAAUUUUAAUGCUUCGAAACAUCACUUGAAAUUCAUGAGAUUCAAUCUCGGAAGUUUUCUUUUGAAGCACCCGAGAAUCUAAAAAUGUGCAGACUGGUAAUCGAGGAUGUAAUGUUUUAAUGCACAGCCUAGAUUUAUUUAAUCUUUUUAAACACAACGCUAAAUUUGCAUACUUUUCGAAUGGUUCCACUUCUGUAAUCACUAAUGGUUUAAAUGGCUUAUUGUUCUUUCAUCUGAAACCAUUCAAGUCUGUCGUUAUUUAACAGGACAUUUGCAUAAAAAUUCGACUUAACGUUGAUUAUUCCCGUGACAGCCUCCGAUUUCGUCGUAAUGAACGAAGUAAUGUGUCAUGGGAUGUGCGGUUGACGAUGGAACUUGAUCUUUGAAAUCAUUAUAAAAGUUUACUUUUGACUGUUAGUUAGUUUCCAGUUUUUAAUGACCACUACACAAAGAAUAUUUUGUUAGCUGUAGUUCUCAAUAUAUGUUCUUGUCCUCAAAACAAGUUUAAUUAAGAAGCUUGUUAAAUUAGAUUGUUUUACCCAUCACGUACCACACUGAAAAUCAAUUGCAGGGUAUUGUUUUGCAUUGAACAACAUACACACCGCGCGCAUUUGCAUACAGUACCUUUUUUUUAUACAGUUCAUAAAUUAAGGGUUGUUAUUUAGUGAAAAGAUGUGAACAAGAAUAAAUAUAGCAGGCAUUCUGACAGACUCUAAACAUAUGAGGAAAUAUGCAGUAUUGUCCAGGAGGUCCUAUGUGAGAAAAGGUCUAUUAUGCGACAAAUGAUGUGAUUUCUCUCUUGACUCUUGACACUAUUAUCGGAAGAAUCACCAUAACGUAGUUCAGGAGCCCAUAACCCGGAGUGGGCAACUCCCAUACUAGGCCUAUGUCAGGGGCGUUUUUACGGACCAGUUUAUUUUUGGACACAUCUUAGGGAACUUUUCCCCCUUGAAAAUAGAAUCUCCACGAUGUUUAUUAGUGCAUUCGAAGUACAGAAUAUCAAAAAGGAAGACUAAACGUUAGUAAAAGGCCAAAAAUAUCAGUUUUAGGUCUGUAGGAUUUGCUGGCUGGUUUGUGGAAAUCAAAAUUUGCGCCAAAACCGUUUUGAAAAUAAGCUGGUCCAUGAAAACACCGUGACACAAGCACAUGGAAGUUGCUCGCUCCUGGUGAUGGGCUUGACCUGCACAAUUUAAAAGUUUCAGAAGCUGUGCGUGAUGUUAGGUAAUCAGAUGAGAAUUGUAGAAGAUAGCACUAAUUAGGCUGCGAAAACAUCCGUUUCUCCUCGCUCUUUGCUGCUGCGGACGUUUUGCGAGGAGGAACGUCUGUGACUCAUCGACAGAAAUUCCAUACUGAUGACAUAAAAUCUGCCUGCAAUCCGGUCAGAAACGCUGAUUGGUUGAUGGAGUAGUUACAUUGUUUUAGCUAUUGUUUAUGAAUGACAGACAAAAGACAAAAGGCCACAAAGGUCAAAUGUAAACACGAAGGAUCUCUAGCAAAACAGUCAAUAUUUGUGGAAUAUACUCUUCUCUAGAAGAAGUGUUUGAGUUUUGCUGGAGCUCAUUGGCAGAUGAACACAACACUUUACCAAAAUCGACCAGGAGACACAUAAAAUUGGACAAAUUUGUAUUUGGAACCUCAUGACUACGGGAUUUAUUAUGUAAACAUUGAUUUGCAUCAUCAGUAUGGAAUUUCUGCCACUUCCGGUUUCACUGCUUUUAGUUUUAGAGAAGUUGACCUAAUACAGCUAAUUUUUAUUUCAUGCACCCAUGACAUGGGUAAAAAUUUGACACAGUGUUUGAAUUUUUUAUUUUACAGUCUGGAGGCACGCGUGUUCCUUUGGAGGCCAAUGCUGUUCGUUUUAUCGAUAACUUUAGCAAUGGAACAAGAGGAUCUGCCUCAGCAGAGUAUCCUUAUAAUUUUACGUAAAUAAAAUGAUAUCUACAGGUGUGAUAUUAGCAGUCAGAUCCCUGCUCCAUCCUUCCAGGAGAGCCUUUCUUUCACUUCCUUGAUUUUGGCACACUCAAGGAAGACUUUAUAUGAAUCAUGUAACAUAUUUGUUCAGCAUGCACUGCAUUUUGCUGGGAUACAGCUUCCAACCCAGGCCUGGGGCGGGGGAUUUCAAGAUUUGGAUUUCAAGUGAGAGAGAUGAUCGAAUGGUGGCAAAAUUAAAACCCAAAUAUAUCCCUGGACCAAAAUUUAACCCCCAAAAAAUCCCAUGCUGAAUUUCUGAGCCGUAAAAAUUUAUUCGCGGAACUAUGUGGCCAGGAUAUGUGGGAACUAUCGUGAAUAUUCAGAUUUUUUUUGAAUACCUGAAAAAAUGCUUACUUAAAUCAAGCUACCCAAAUAAAUACUAGCCAAAAUUUUCCAACCCAAAAACAUCCUGAAAUUGACAAUUUGUAACCCAAAAAAAAUGCUCUGUUAAAAACAAGCAAAUUUCUGGAAAUUCAAAACUCUGACGAAUUGAGUUUUGAGACGUGUGAAUCGAGUUUUCAAGCAUCUGCUUACUUAUUUAAGUUUAUUGAUCAGUAGGCUCCCAGAAGUGUGGCUUGGGCUCCUAACUCUUUAUUUUAGGAGCCUGAUAUAUUUCUUGCAUGCGUGGUUUUCCUCUAUCCAAACAUUGCUACCCUACAUUAGAUGUAAUUUUUUUAUGUCAUUUAUCAUUCCUUAAAUUGAUUAACAUUAACCUACACAAUUGUCCUGAGACUUUGUGAAUUUUACCUCCUUGACGUUUUUUUUCAAAGAUAUUUUCUUCAGCAAGGUUAUGCCGUGAUAUUUCUACACAGGCAAGGUUCUCUACAACCAUUCACACGCAACUUCCCUUCACAUGAUAUUCUGGAUCUGCUACAGCUUAAAGACCUCCCAGAUGGAUCUAGCCGGAUUGAAGGUAAGGAAGAAGUUUACCAUUAGUAAAUAGCAAAUGUAAAGUAAUGCACAAAUCCUUGCUCCAGACUGCCAACAAAGUGCUGGAAAUAAGUUUUCUUUUAUUUAAACAACAUAUGACUGGAUUAAUCACCAUUUAAGUGGGACAAAACAAAAAUGUGACAUAGAGCUUUUUUGAGAAAGGUUGUUGGAAAAAAUGCACGCAACAAUCUCGAAAGGUGUUGUGGAUGGUUUUGUGUUCACUGUUGUUCGAAGAAAUUUGAAAGAAUGCCAUGAGAGGCCGUAGAUGUAUGUUUGUGAUUGCUAUAGGAAAACAGCAAUAGAAGAUUUGACAGCUACAGUGCGAGGAAUAGCAUCUUGAUCAUAUCCCAUAUUACAUUUCAGGAUUGUCGCACGUACAUUUUUCUCACAAUCUUUCUUGAAAUAGCUGUAGUCAAGGAUGCAUUAUGCAGAUUGACCAACAUCUAUUGUGUCCUAAAAUUAUUAAUGCAUAAUCAAGGGAAAAGAUUAUGAGAAUUAAUAAAAUGAUCACCCAAGUGAAAAUGCUUUGAUUUUUAAGCAAAUUCUCUUAACUAGUUCUCCAAGGAAAUGUAUUGAGAUUAGUACUGAGAAUUUGUGUGUUUAUUUUGGAGCUUAAAUAUUUAAAAAACAUUGUGCAUGAUAGGCACGAGAGUCGCAGGUAGACUGAUUACUGCUGAAUUCACUAACCUCAAGUGGAGCCACUAGCUGCAGGAAAGUGGUUACACAGCUAAGGGGACUGGGUUGAAUUGUGUUUGAAUUAGGCGUGGGGUGGGUCCCGGGGGUGUACUCUGUAAAAUGGAGGUACAGGGAUGUGCUGCUGGACAGGGUAUGGUUUUUGACCUUUCUGUCACAAACAGGGUAUGUAUUAUUUUGCGUGAGUCUGUCCUAAACUGGAUAUAUGUUGUGGUUCAAUUUUAUCCUUGGUUUAAAUUUUAUUUUCUUUUGUUUCAAACUCAUUAUCAUACAUUACUACUCCCAAAAACAAAAAAAAAAAGGAAAUUUAAAGCAAGGAUGAAAUUGAACCACGACGUAUUUAAUAAAUGGCUUUAAAAUAAGACGGCGCAAAUUAUGUCCUUUGUCCUAAACAGGGUAAUAAAAUUGAGUUUGUAGUCCUAAACAUGCUACGUGUUUGAGGAUUUUUUGUCCUAAAACAGGGUCAAGGUUUCAAACUCUCAGUAGCUCACCUACAGCAAAAUAGUGGUUGAGUACUUCUCUUCCCCUUGGGGUGGGUGAGAUAUGACUGCAAAAAAGAGGGAGUUUCCAGUAUUUAGAUCUCCAGAGGUUCAGCACCUCUGCUUGUGUAUCUAAUCACUUUACUCAUUAUUAUAUUAUUUUUUUGUUCACUAGUCAAUUCCCACAAACUUCCAAAACUGAUCCAAAUUCUCAAGGUUUACAGACAAGUAAGUAGAUGAUAUAGUGAACAGUUCCAGAAGUUCAAUACCCUGGGAGCAGAGGCUACACUUUCGCUGUGUGCGCUGUUGUGCGAAAAGUAGCCUCUGCUGACAACCUUUCAAUCUGGACGAAUAAAUUAAAAACAGGUUCUUUCUCCUGUUCUUGACCAGUUUAAAGCAUUGCGUGAGUCUUGUGUGAGUCUUGCGUAGCAGACCAGAGUUGUCGCAAUUUUUCCACGACAGACCUGACAAUUAAUUUUGCUUGCGAAUUGCAUGCACGAUAGAAAAUUGAAUGGUUGUCAGCAGAGGCUACUUUUCCCACACGCCAGUUCACACAGCAAAAUUGUAGACUCUGCUCGUAGGGUACAAGUUCAAUAUUACCCUGUCAUUAUAUUCAGGGCCGUCACUGAAAUUUAAGUACAUUCACUUUAUAGGUGGGAAAUUGAACAGCUAGGAAGUUCUUUCAAUACCCUGCGAGCAGAGGCUACAUUUUCGCUGUGUGAGCUGUUAAGUGUGAAAAGUAGCCUCUGCUGACAACCGUUCAAAUCUGUCCAGAAAUCUGGACAAAUAAAUUAAAAACAGGUUUUUUUCCUGUUCUUGACCAGUUUACAGCAUUGCGUGAGUCUAGUGUGAGUCUUGCGUAGCAGACCAGAGUUGUCACAAUUUUUUAUCCCCGUGACAGACCUGACGAUUAAUUUUGCUUGCGAAUUACGUGAUGAAUUUCGCGCAUGCACGAUAGAAAAUUGGACGGUUGUCAGCAGAGGCUACUUUUCGCACACACCAGUUCACACAACAAAAAUGUAGACUCUGCUCGCAGGGUAGAAGUUCAGUAUUACCCUGUCAUUAUAUUCAGGGCUGUCACUGAAAUUUAGGUACAUUCACUUUAUAGGUUGGAACUUGAACAGCUAGGAAGUUCUUUUGGUCCUUAAGUAGCCUGAGGAUCAUGUUGAUAGUAGCUGGGGGAAAUCCCUGACUUCCAGCUCUUACUGAUUGCUCUGAUAAUAAUGAUGUAUUAAAAAACCGAUUAUUUUACUUGCAUUUUGCCUUGAAUAUGGAAAGUUGAUAUGACUCACUCACAAGUCCCUUUACUUGUCAGUGAUCACAGAUGUUUUAAUUUGCUUUCAAGCAUGUUCUUGAGGACCACGCAAGAUUUUCUAACAACACAUGAAUAAAAGUUUCUUGUGAAAAUACUAGUAAAAUGGGAGUCUUUAAUUUUGUCUGUUAGCUGUUUUUCCGACUCUUAAUGGAAAAUUCUAUCAAUUUAACAACAUUUUUACUUGAACGUAUCAAAACAUUUUUUUGCAUAUUCAGGAUGUCAUAGUUCAUCUUUAAUGUUUCAUUUAAGGUACGAGCUGCAGGGACAUUACUCAUGAUUGAGUAUAACACUCUAUCUGAGUAUUUAUUCCUUCUAAGGGGCGUGGCUGAAUCUCUUGCACCCCAUGGCCCCUCCAUCAUGUUGUAUUUGGCAGCUGCAGUUUCUGACUUUUAUGUUCCAUCCCAGGAUAUGGUAAGUUUGAAAAAUUAUACUCAACAUCUCCAGUUAAAUUCCGUUAUUUAGAGACUUUAGUAUACGAUGGUGGCAAUGGCGGUGGGGAUGCCAAAAAAGCAAUAGGGCCAACAAGCAAAACAACAACUUUGCACAUGCUGAACACUUUCUUGUACACUUGUUUGCCGUUCCUGCAGACCACAAUGUGAAAUCUGCGUAUGCAAUGACUUAUGUAGGAUGUAAACAGAUGACAACAAAUUUUUCUUUCUCUUUCUGAACUUGGGUGCAGUCCCUAAGAAUUCAACUCCAGGAAAAUUCACUUAAAUUUAACAUUUUAAGCCAGUUGGAAUAAAUCCUUGGGACAAAGUUUGAAAAAAUUUGAAUUUAUUUUAAUAGUAAACUAUAGUGAUGUUUUCACCACUGUCACUGUCGUCAAUGCUUAAGGUCCCUAUUGUGGACCCCAGGAGCCUACAGUUUAUUGUCCUUCACUCCUUGUCAGUCUUGCAAUCAUGAAGCAGUGCUGUUACUAGGUUUAUGCUACAACAAGAAAAAUUUCUGAAAUUUGAUUUGCUUAGAGCAGUUGUAUUUCAGCUUAAUUUGAAAUACCUACAUGUGAAAAUUACAAACCUUUUGCGGGUAGUAGUAUAAACAAAUAAUAGCAUGAUUUGUAUGUGAUAUUUUAAAAUUAUCUCCAACUUCACUCGCCUAACGGCUCAUGAAAUUAUGCAUAACAAUAAUUUUGAAAUAUCACUCGUGGUAUUUAUGCCAAAUAUCACUACAACUCAUACUAAUUUGCUGGAUAUAUAACAAUUAUUCACUGAAGUGGAGGUGGCUAGUAUUGGAUAUUUACCGAGGCCGCGAAGUGGCGAGGUAAAUAUCCACUGCUAGCCACCAACACUGAGGUGAAUAAUUGUUUUAGUAUGUACUAAAACAGUGAGAUAAUUGAGCAAAAUGAUGAUUUUUAACUCAUUUACUUUUACCAACGAUUACAAUUUUGGUGCUUGAAGACCGAACAGCCGCGGUUGUCGCUUUUUCUUAGCGACAAAUAAAACUUUUGAAGGCGUUUGUUUAGCUCUUGCGGGGAAGUUUCUUCAAAAGGAGUUGUGAAUUCUGUUUGUAUUUAAAAUAAUUCUGUAAAAAAGAUUAUUAAAUUCAGUUUUAAGCUUAUUUAUGAACAAGUCCACUAAAUAAAGUAACGGAAGACUUGAGCUUAAUUUGCAUUUGUAAACAAAAAACUUUUUCACCGGUUUUAUCGAUAACUAUUCAAGUCAAAAAGACAAAGCUUUACCUGUUAAAACUUCCAAACCGAACUUCGUCACCUUCUUCAUGUAUUUUGGAAAUAGCUUGCUUGAUUAGUUGUGAAAUUUCUUAGUUUGUUACGGCAGCAAACCGGGAAAGCAUUUUGCUCGCAACCUAUGCGAGUUUGGCGUCACUCGCUCGGAGGAACUGGAGGUGAAUCAGUAAAUAGUGCAGGAUAUUCACUGAUUGAGUAGCCAAUCAGAGUGCCCGAAAAACACUAUCCACUGUUUUAGUAUAUACUAAAUGCAAUUAGUGGGCAGGGAAUUGAACAGUAAGGAAGUUCUUCUGGUUCUAUUUCCCUUUUUUUCCCUUUGAAACUAGCCUGGGGUCAUGCUCGUAGUAGCCAGGGCAAAUCCCUGGUCACCAGCAUUAGUCACAUCCUUGUUGAAGAGUAAAAUUAAUAGUAUUCUUUAAAAACAUUUGCAUCAAGGAGUGGCAUAUGUGUAGACAUUUACACCAGUAUUGGUUGAUUUAAAGCAUUGUUGGCAGUAUUAAAGGAGGAAACUGUUCCCUCAGCAGUCCAUUGUCAUAGGGAUCGGUACUAAGUUGUCUGAUUGAUGGCAUCCACGCUUCAGGAAUCUCAAUUCCACGGUCCCUGUAGAUAUUGCUAGGGUGAAGUCUUAAGUCAUGUCAUCAUGAAUAGCCUAUGUUGAGGGUCUUGGUCAAUACACAUACUACUUUUAUUUAGUAGUUAUGAAUAUUUUUUAUUAUUAUGGGCAAAACCGACACAGCUCAUCUCAAUAUUCAGAGCAAGUUAACUCCCUCUUCAACAGACACUGAUCCCAGCAUUUUCCAUUUAUCACGAACUAAAAUAAAAAUGCUGAAAGCAUGAUAUCAGAUGUUUCCCAGGAGGUGACUAAACUUGUUUUCACUGGUCAUUGCGUUAAUUUUUGUCAAUCAGUGUGUAAAUUGUCAGAGCUCGAAAAAGGUCUUGUCUGUUAGUCUAGGACAAGUAGAUUUUCUACCUGGGCAUGUUACUUUUAAAGAUUACUUGCCCAACUGGCAAGGGCCCAGGCAAAUCAUCCAGGGUGGGGUCUGGGGGAGAGUGGAAUAACAGUCUCUGAUCUUGAAACUUUUUGGUUAUGCAUUAGUAUUAUUUCUUCACAACUUUUAGUUGGUUGUUUCCUUAAGGUGUUCACCUUUGUGCUUAAAAAUACUCGGAGGUUACGUGACAUGAUUUUGUUGAAUGUUUUUUUUUCAUUAAAGCCAGAGCAUAAGAUACAGUCUGCUGAUGGCCCACUCCAGCUUCACUUGGUGCAAGCUCCAAAAAUGAUGGCUCCUCUGGUUAAAGAAUGGAUUCCACAAGCAUUCACCGUAUCAUUCAAGGUACAUUAAAGCUUUAAAGCUUUCCUUACUAUUCUGUUUAUCUUCAUUGUUACACUACCCUGAGAAAACAGCUGAUAUUUUACGAUGUCACCACCAGUUUCCAGGCUGCAAAAUGACAUCUGAGAAAUGACUACAGAAAUUCCAUACUGAUGAAGUGUCACAACCUGGGUAGUGCUUCUGAUUGGUUAAAAAUUAAUUUUCAUAGAUUUCAUUUUGCUGGGAAAUCAGUGGUUGCAAUGCAAAACGUCAGCUGUUUUUCAGGCAAGCAUUACAUCAGAGUGUACUGGUGAUAUCUUUUCUUCGACCUUCUUGACUGGCAGGUAAAAAACACAGGUCACAACUACAGGUCACUGCGCUAUUGAUAAAUACAUAAUCAUGUAACUGAGAUAAGCAGUGUUCCCUUAAUUUAAAACUCUAUUUCAGAUUGUGAUUAGGGCUAGGAGGAGACACUUUCAUUGUUGUUUAUUUACUGUAUGUAGCACGGUGACCUGCACUCUAACCUGCACUUGUGACCUGCGUUUUGAACCUGCUGUUUAUUCCCGAAGGGGGCGGGGGGUACUUUAGGAAUUUCUGGGUGGGGAUGUGCUGCUGGGACCCUGGAACCCUUAACCCAUACCAGAGCUAGUUCAGCUGAAUUUUGCUACCCUAUACUAGAGUAAACUCCCCAAAUCCCCCUAUGCUAGAGUAGCUGUUCCCCUGGUCUAGAUAAAAUCUUCAACCAACUGAUCAGUUUCCUGAAAAAUGAUACCCUAUUCUAGACCCAAACACUCUGAUUUAUAUACCCUAUCCUAGAGUAAACUGCUUGAAAACCAUACCCUUCACAGCGGCACAUACCUAUAUAGCCCAUAUAUGGCAGUAACCCCCCCUCCCCCCCGGGUGUUUAUUAACCCUUGCUAUUCAUUCUCUUUGCAGUUAGAAACAGAUGUGAACAUUAUCUCCAAGAAAGCAAGACGGGCUUUAGCUAAAUACUCACACCAGGUGUGUUAAAAUCUUGUUUGAAUUUAGUGUCUUGUUUCGAAUUUUGUGUCCGUGGCCAUAUAUGGAUCUGUUUUAUUAUUUAUUAGCUGGGAAUUAGAUAAUCUGUGGAUGAUUGGGAACGAGCAUAAAAGUGAAUUUUGACGUACUUUACAUCAUGCAUUUAAGACUUCACAUAGCCUCCAAGACCACCCCAUGUCAAUUUCUGUUUAUCUGGGGUGGGUGGGGUGGGGAGGUUAAUAAUUGAUUUUCUCUUUUUUGGCGGGGAGGUUGGGGGGGGGGGGGGGCAAAAGAGAGAGUUUUGGUAUCUCCUCUUGUGUAAAAGGGGAAAUUUCUCUAGUUAUGAAAUCUAUUCUCAUACCAAAACCAAUUAUUUCAUUGGUUACCAGGUGGUGGUGUCCAACAUCUUACAAACCCGCAAGAAAACUGUAGUGAUAAUCACGCCGACGCAAGAGACAGCCAUAUGGAUGUCAGAUUCGGAGCUGGAGACUGGCAAAGAAAUUGAAGAGAAGAUUGUGAUUGAUCUUAAGAAAAUGCAUCAACAGUUUCUAGCUUCAUCUGUGUUGCAAGGUACUUAAAGCUCUGUGUAUGUUACUUUUCUAAUAAAAAUCACGGUCAUUGUGUGAAGCACUGUAACAUUAAUUUUUUUUGUAACUAAUUGAAGAAGCAAGUAAAUUAAAUGUCAUGAAUGUCAGUUGUUGUCAUUAGUAGCUCUUGCUGUUGCACUCCAACAUGUCCUGCCCUUAACCUGGUCUGCUGACAUAAAACGUGGAGAAGUAAAUGCUAAAAUGUAAGCCUACAUACAUCUGGAAAAAAAUGACAAAUAUUAUUCCUUGAAAGGUGUAAUAUUUGCCAUGAUCUUCUUUCUUUUCUGAAAAAUCAAAAAUUCAAGAUAAGAGAAAAUGCCAAAAAUAAAGCAAGGCAAAACCAACAGACUUUCAGAAUAAUUGAGAAUCUUUUCUCUCAGUUUUUUUAUUUCUUUAUGACUAUAACUUAUUUAUUAAUAUUAUCAUUUUCUUUGUAUUAAUUCUCAUGAGCAUUUGGAACCUCAUGGCUACUAGAUUUAUUAUGUAAACAUUGAGUUAUGUCAUUGGUGUGGGGUUUCUGUUGCUGAGUCGUGGAUGUUCCUCCUCGUGGGGUGUCCCUGGUGAUGGGGAGUGGGGAAGAAUGUCUGUUUUUGCAGGCUUAUUAUAGUGUAGCUGUAAUUAUUAUAGAUUUUAUUUAUACUUGCUCGUAUUUGAACGAGUGUUUUCAGCUCCUUGACGUAACGUGUUAAAAUAAAUGAUUGAUUGAUUGAUUGUGUUACAUUGUAUCAAAAUCUCUAGCAAAAUCACUGUUACAAACACAUACACAGCACAGAUGUGGAAUUUCUCUAACAUUUCCAAAGUUAAAUUUAGCUUGGCGAAAGCAUGUUUACUGCUCUUUUCAAAAACAUGCAAAGUCUCAAGUCCAAAAGCCAACAAACAUUUGUGUUCUUCACUGCCGUCAUUAAUCCUAGUGAACCUCUUAGGAAACGCAGGUUCACUUCGCCGAGUUCAAAAGUUCAUAGUUUGUGAUUUAUGAUUGGUGGAUUUUGCUUUGCUGCUUUGUAAGUUUCUGUGUUUCAAAUUUCUUUGCCCGUUAUCGUAAUUAUGAUUGACAGUAGCAAAAAAUGCAACUGCAUGUAAGCUGUCUUUUAAAAUGCAGAGUUUGCAUGUUAUUGAAAAGUGCAGUUAAUAAGCUGAACUCCACUAACACCCAGCUUAUUAUGUCAAGAUGCCUUAAUGGCAAAAAUUUCCAUGUUAGUGUUCAUUGUUUUGUCAAAUAAGGAACAGCUGAAAUCAUGAACUUGGUUGGCCUGUGCAUGGUUACUACUGUCAUGUGUGUCAUUUUCACCCAAGACAGAGAAUAUCCCCAUACCGUCCCCUACAAAGGGUCAUCUGGCUUGAACAAACCCCAAUCCAUUUAAAAAUGUUUUCAACCCACUUGACUCAGACCCUUUUUAAUGCUGAUUAACUCCACUUCCAUUCCAACACAAAUCCAGGUGUUCUUUUAUUUACUUUGCACUACUGUUUUUACUCUGCUCUCAGAGAAGACUUCAUUUUUUUGCACAUUGCAGAAAAUCUAUUAACCUCCAGAUUAGUUAACCUAUAAUGAUUUUAAAGAAUUUUAAACCACUAUAAAUCCUUUUAAAAUUUAUGGGCUUGAAUUAAAUAAGCCCCCUGAGGAGCUUAAUAGAGGAUUUAUGGUUCAUUCAGCUAGUAUGACCUUCACUAAUGAUUGCUUGUAUUUUGAAAAAAUGGUUCCAAACAACAUAUCAUAUAUAGAUUUAGCCAUGGCUAAAAGCAAAGCUCUCGAUAAUAUUUAUAGUUUGCUCAAACAAAAUAAAAAUAACGAUAAAAUCGUGUGAUGCUAAGUGGUGAGGGCAACGAGAAUGGUGAAAGCACAACAAUAGUUAAUUAGCAAAAAAGCAACGUUGCACAUGCAGCACACUUUUUUUAAACAUUACUUUGCCAUUGUUUUGCACGACUACAAUGAGAAACUUCCAGAAACUUCCUGGUUACACGUUUCAUGGAGAAAAUAAUGUACGUGUUCUUGUUCACUUUUUUUUCACUGCCGCUCAUUUUCACCUUGGUGGCACGUAGCAUUUCUCAUUUUCUCACCACUGUUACAAAAUUUUCAUGUUGUUCUACCAACAAAAAAUGUAUCCUUUUUUUUUCUCUUGCUCUAGUUCUCUGUCGCUCUCAGUUUUCUCAUUAAGCUUCGCUGGCCGGUCGCCUACUUUCUCUUUUUCUCUUUAUUGACUCUUUAGUUGUCUCUGCUUCACAAUACACGGGUGGCUACGCGAUUCCCUGCCAAAAUAAGCUCGAGCUGCAUUUGGGUUGCCAUUUCUGUCGACUGUUGACUUAUUUUACAUUGGUAUGCCUGUGGUAUGGACGGACAGUCACUCGGUUGGGCAAUAUACAGUCACCUGAUUACCAAAUUUUCUAGGAUGGAUAGAUUUUCUUAGCUCUGGGGCUCCACUUGCUUGGAGCUCUGCUAUUAAGCCAAUCCUAAAUUUUUAGGAAAGGCUUGUUGGGGAGGACAUCAAAGUUGAAAUUUUGCAAAUUAUUUGGGUUUUUGUCACUUCUAAUGAUUAAAAAAAAAAAAAACAUAAAAUGUUUUUUUUUACUGUUAAUGUUGAUACAGGUAAUACAAGAUCAGUUAUGUUGACUGAUCAACUUUGUCAAAACAGCAAUCAGAUACCAGCCACAGUUCAGGUAAGUUGAAUUGUCUUAUAUGACAAGGAUGCAAAAUUAUUAAUCAUAACUAUAACAGAAUUCUCAAAUGUGACUGGCUUUCAGCUGUCCUGAUUUCAGCACAAAUUAGACUCCGCUGAGUCCUUUUACCAUUAUUAACAGUAAAAAAAAUACUAAUUCAAAGAACAUCAAAAUAAUUUUGUAUCCUUGCUCUAGAGGACCAUCUUUGGAUAUCCUUGUCCUCUAUAAACUGCAACCACUCAUGAUUGUUUUUUAAAGUGAUGGACUCAGUUUUUUUCUCUAUGCAUUGCCACUAACUAUCAGGCAUCCAGGGUAAAUAUUUUGAUGUUUCAUUAUUCCUCAACGCCAUUUCAGUUGUGUAGUCUUGUGUAAUUUGACUGUAUACAGGUAUAAAAGCUGCAGUAUGUGGUCUGGAAUAUGGAAGUCAUUACUAUGAUUGAAGUUAUGGCUGAAUAUAAUCUCAGAAGAAGAACAUUUCUCUUAACCCCUCUGGACCAUUUUCAGAGCCACUGACACCCCUGACUAGUGUGACUUUUUAGCAUGCCAUCUACUGGAGAAGUACAACCCUCCAAGUUGUGACCAUUUUGGUUGCUAUUGUGCCCAAAAUUUUGGAGUUGGCGACUUGAUUUGUAAAAAGGUCUCCCUAAACCAAAAGAGUUGGUUUCCAAAUGGUGACCAAGCAAAAACUUUAACUUGGAGGGUUGAAGUAGGGAUGAGUAACUCAAUACUGGAAUGAAGAGAAAAUUGUAGAGAAAACUGGAUUACAGUCAGCUGUGUCUAAGAUGGAUACCUUUGGGACUGACAGUAAGGGUGCUUUCCAUAUGAGAACUGGGCAGCCAGACCAGUCAAGUUGUAAAGAGAAUUGCUCCAUUAAUCAUGAGUUUUCAGUCAGAUCAGUCUAAUGUUUUAUAAAUCAUAUGCUCGGCAGCAGUGGGUUUUAGGAAAAAUUUGGGUAAAGACCAAUAUUUUAUUUUCCAAUUUUCCAGUAAGGCUGGCUAGUUGUGAAUCUUGGAAAGUGACCUUAGUGUCCCUCUAAAAGAGGUGUCUGCCUUUCAGAGAGACAAAGAAGAGAACUGAUGAGAAAGGUGGCCCAUCCAUCUCUUAGGGCAGUGUCCAUCUUUUAAGAGAUGUCCAUUUAGAAAGCAUUGAAUGUGUCUUGAUAAAUCCACAGGUGGGCCACUUUAUAACAACUCAUAUUCAACCUCUGCCAGUUUCUCAUAUGUGGAAUUUCUCUAACAUUUCCAAAGUUAAAUUUAGCUUGGCGAAAGCAUGUUUACUGCUCUUUUCAAAAACAUGCAAAGUCUCAAGUCCAAAAGCCAACAAACAUUUGUGUUCUUCACUGCCGUCAUUAAUCCUAGUGAACCUCUUAGGAAACGCAGGUUCACUUCACCGAGUUCAAAAGUUCAUAGUUUGUGAUUUAUGAUUGGUGGAUUUUGCUUUGCUGCUUUGUAAGUUUCUGUGUUUCAAAUUUCUUUGCCCGUUAUCGUAAUUAUGAUUGACAGUAGCAAAAAAUGCAACUGCAUGUAAGCUGUCUUUUAAAAUGCAGAGUUUGCAUGUUAUUGAAAAGUGCAGUUAAUAAGCUGAACUCCACUAACACCCAGCUUAUUAUGUCAAGAUGCCUUAAUGGCAAAAAUUUCCAUGUUAGUGUUCAUUGUUUUGUCAAAUAAGGAACAGCUGAAAUCAUGAACUUGGUUGGCCUGUGCAUGGUUACUACUGUCAUGUGUGUCAUUUUCACCCAAGACAGAGAAUAUCCCCAUACCGUCCCCUACAAAGGGUCAUCUGGCUUGAACAAACCCCAAUCCAUUUAAAAAUGUUUUCAACCCACUUGACUCAGACCCUUUUUAAUGCUGAUUAACUCCACUUCCAUUCCAACACAAAUCCAGGUGUUCUUUUAUUUACUUUGCACUACUGUUUUUACUCUGCUCUCAGAGAAGACUUCAUUUUUUUGCACAUUGCAGAAAAUCUAUUAACCUCCAGAUUAGUUAACCUAUAAUGAUUUUAAAGAAUUUUAAACCACUAUAAAUCCUUUUAAAAUUUAUGGGCUUGAAUUAAAUAAGCCCCCUGAGGAGCUUAAUAGAGGAUUUAUGGUUCAUUCAGCUAGUAUGACCUUCACUAAUGAUUGCUUGUAUUUUGAAAAAAUGGUUCCAAACAACAUAUCAUAUAUAGAUUUAGCCAUGGCUAAAAGCAAAGCUCUCGAUAAUAUUUAUAGUUUGCUCAAACAAAAUAAAAAUAACGAUAAAAUCGUGUGAUGCUAAGUGGUGAGGGCAACGAGAAUGGUGAAAGCACAACAAUAGUUAAUUAGCAAAAAAGCAACGUUGCACAUGCAGCACACUUUUUUUAAACAUUACUUUGCCAUUGUUUUGCACGACUACAAUGAGAAACUUCCAGAAACUUCCUGGUUACACGUUUCAUGGAGAAAAUAAUGUACGUGUUCUUGUUCACUUUUUUUUCACUGCCGCUCAUUUUCACCUUGGUGGCACGUAGCAUUUCUCAUUUUCUCACCACUGUUACAAAAUUUUCAUGUUGUUCUACCAACAAAAAAUGUAUCCUUUUUUUUUCUCUUGCUCUAGUUCUCUGUCGCUCUCAGUUUUCUCAUUAAGCUUCGCUGGCCGGUCGCCUACUUUCUCUUUUUCUCUUUAUUGACUCUUUAGUUGUCUCUGCUUCACAAUACACGGGUGGCUACGCGAUUCCCUGCCAAAAUAAGCUCGAGCUGCAUUUGGGUUGCCAUUUCUGUCGACUGUUGACUUAUUUUACAUUGGUAUGCCUGUGGUAUGGACGGACAGUCACUCGGUUGGGCAAUAUACAGUCACCUGAUUACCAAAUUUUCUAGGAUGGAUAGAUUUUCUUAGCUCUGGGGCUCCACUUGCUUGGAGCUCUGCUAUUAAGCCAAUCCUAAAUUUUUAGGAAAGGCUUGUUGGGGAGGACAUCAAAGUUGAAAUUUUGCAAAUUAUUUGGGUUUUUGUCACUUCUAAUGAUUAAAAAAAAAAAAAACAUAAAAUGUUUUUUUUUACUGUUAAUGUUGAUACAGGUAAUACAAGAUCAGUUAUGUUGACUGAUCAACUUUGUCAAAACAGCAAUCAGAUACCAGCCACAGUUCAGGUAAGUUGAAUUGUCUUAUAUGACAAGGAUGCAAAAUUAUUAAUCAUAACUAUAACAGAAUUCUCAAAUGUGACUGGCUUUCAGCUGUCCUGAUUUCAGCACAAAUUAGACUCCGCUGAGUCCUUUUACCAUUAUUAACAGUAAAAAAAAUACUAAUUCAAAGAACAUCAAAAUAAUUUUGUAUCCUUGCUCUAGAGGACCAUCUUUGGAUAUCCUUGUCCUCUAUAAACUGCAACCACUCAUGAUUGUUUUUUAAAGUGAUGGACUCAGUUUUUUUCUCUAUGCAUUGCCACUAACUAUCAGGCAUCCAGGGUAAAUAUUUUGAUGUUUCAUUAUUCCUCAACGCCAUUUCAGUUGUGUAGUCUUGUGUAAUUUGACUGUAUACAGGUAUAAAAGCUGCAGUAUGUGGUCUGGAAUAUGGAAGUCAUUACUAUGAUUGAAGUUAUGGCUGAAUAUAAUCUCAGAAGAAGAACAUUUCUCUUAACCCCUCUGGACCAUUUUCAGAGCCACUGACACCCCUGACUAGUGUGACUUUUUAGCAUGCCAUCUACUGGAGAAGUACAACCCUCCAAGUUGUGACCAUUUUGGUUGCUAUUGUGCCCAAAAUUUUGGAGUUGGCGACUUGAUUUGUAAAAAGGUCUCCCUAAACCAAAAGAGUUGGUUUCCAAAUGGUGACCAAGCAAAAACUUUAACUUGGAGGGUUGAAGUAGGGAUGAGUAACUCAAUACUGGAAUGAAGAGAAAAUUGUAGAGAAAACUGGAUUACAGUCAGCUGUGUCUAAGAUGGAUACCUUUGGGACUGACAGUAAGGGUGCUUUCCAUAUGAGAACUGGGCAGCCAGACCAGUCAAGUUGUAAAGAGAAUUGCUCCAUUAAUCAUGAGUUUUCAGUCAGAUCAGUCUAAUGUUUUAUAAAUCAUAUGCUCGGCAGCAGUGGGUUUUAGGAAAAAUUUGGGUAAAGACCAAUAUUUUAUUUUCCAAUUUUCCAGUAAGGCUGGCUAGUUGUGAAUCUUGGAAAGUGACCUUAGUGUCCCUCUAAAAGAGGUGUCUGCCUUUCAGAGAGACAAAGAAGAGAACUGAUGAGAAAGGUGGCCCAUCCAUCUCUUAGGGCAGUGUCCAUCUUUUAAGAGAUGUCCAUUUAGAAAGCAUUGAAUGUGUCUUGAUAAAUCCACAGGUGGGCCACUUUAUAACAACUCAUAUUCAACCUCUGCCAGUUUCUCAAAGUGGAGAAGGCGUUAUCACAGGGUUCCCACCAUAUACCAUUUCCACCGCUUCUCUUGCCCUGCCACCUACAGCAGCUGUCCCUCAAAUCCAACAAGCAAAAGCAGAGGAGGCACCUUCAUCUCAAGAAAUUGCCCAAGGCACUGCUCCCGAGCUGUCUGAUUUGUCAAAUUCCUCAGCCCAGAUAUUUGGCACUCUUGCAGAUAGCUGUUUGACCGCAGACAUGAAGGCCUUUAUUGAAUCUUUUAGGGCAAGAAGGAUUGCACUGGGAUACACCCAGGAAGAUGUGGGUAAUGAAUUGUCACACACCAACGGACAUUCUUCUUACAGUCAGUCAUUUAUCUCCAGAUUUGAAUCUAAGAAUCUUGGUCUGAAGGCAGCGGAGAAAAUGAAACCUGUUUUGCAAGAAUGGAUUGAACAAAAAGAAGCAGAGUGUGCCAAAGGAUUGCGAAUGUGCAAAAAGCGUAAAAGAAGGACCUCCUUCACUAACGAAACUCUCCAGUUUCUUAUUAAAACUUUUGAACAAAAUUCAAAGCCCACCAGUGCUGAAAUUGUGGACAUUGCUUCAAAAUUAGGUCUGGAACCUGUCACCGUACGAGUAUGGUUUUGUAACCGAAAACAGAUGAUGAAGCGCAUGGUGUCUGGAAAAGGUCGUGCUGUUCACUCACUCAAGGCUGAACUCGAUGCUAAGAAACAGGAAAGUCCAAGCACAGAGGACAGAGAAUCUCCAACUAAACUUGACUUUACCAACAUGCCAGUAGGACAGUUCUCAUUCACAGAAGACCGUGUAAAGGCCCUUGUAUGCUUGUCAUCUGAUGGAAGCCCGGUGAAAAGCUCCCACACAGCAGCAUCCACUACAGCUGUGAGCUAUGCUCAAGUGCAUGACGACAGUAUUGUUCACUCUGUUGCUGAAGCUGCUAACACAUCACCAGAGAAUACUCAGCAUGCUGAGCAGAGAUCUGCAACAGAAGUGCCUUAUACUUAG